UCUCAUUCCGCCGGACUUUCAUCGUUAUUACAAACACCUUUGAUCUACUACAUUCCAGGCACGCCAUACUAAAGCUUUCUUUUUAGCCUUCUAUCACAUCUCCGAUAUCCUUUAAUCAUGCCUCCCAAGCAGCACGUCGUUGUUUCCGGCCGCCCCCAGAAGAGCUUUUGGAGCGUCGCAUACGACGAGUACAAGAACCCCGAGAACGCCACCAUUGUCAGAAGUAUGGUGGUCUUUGCCGCCGGUGUCGCUGUCCUCCACAGCAGCCUCGGUGAAAUCCUCCUUCCUCCGUAUGUAAAUGACUAUCCGUUAAACCCGUGGUCGGACUCGAUAUGACCUGAAAUCCUUGACACUACUUGGCGGAUAUCCAAAUCGUUGUCGAUGAAGAGGCACACGGAUACGACCUUCGAUAUAACCUUUACUCGAUUUUGAAUUAAUGGAUACAUGUAUUAUAUUUUGUUUGAAUGGGCAUGUGCGUCUUGGGCGGUCUUGUUGGACGAUCAUGGUCUAAGUUUAUGAAAAUCAAAUUUCAUAUGGCGUUUCAAUCGGCAUUUGUUCGAUAGACUAAAGAGUUUUAUUUGGAACUUGAAUUCUCAGAUUAAUGAUCUUUGGCUUGGGAUGUCUGGUUGGAUGUCUUCCAAAAGAGCCUGCCUUCUCCUUGAGGCAGCAUACUUGACUGGUUUGGCCCUGGCAUGCGUUAUAAGCCAAUGGCUUCUUGAUGAGUCCUUAGGGUGAUAUUCAACAAGAGUGAUGGCUAGAGCAACCUAUGAUUGACUGCUGGGACCGUCAACGUUGAAGCCGAUACUGCG